CUCUCUCUCUCUCUCUCUCUGUCCGGUGCCUGCCUCCUUUCUCCUUUCCCUGCCUGCCCGUCCCCCCGGCCUUUUGAACGUGCCCCCCUCGGUCCUGGACGCGCAUCCCUGUCAAUGCUGACAUGCACCCGCGUGGCCUUUGGUCGCAUGUUGGUGGUAGGCAGCCGUGCCAUGUCAACGGGCCGGGUGCCCGGGCCAUCUGGCGAUCGGUGGUCCCAGCUGGCCGGGCGUCGCCGGCCGGAGCCCGACCAGGGCGCUGCCGGUCGGCGGGACGGCGAAGACCAGCGACGCCGUCGGAGCGUGGCGGAUCGAUGUGGCGGGGAUGGGGCGGCCGAACGCCCGGGUAGCACUGCCGGCCGGGGGGAUGCCCCGGCCGACCGAGAGCCCCCUUCGGCGGGCGCGACUCCCCGCUCUUUGGACGAUGUUGCCGGCCAUCUGCCGGGUGUGACUCGGGGAGGGGGUCUGCCGGCCGACCGGCGGCCGGGCCCGCAUCCCGGCUCGGUAGCUGCUCCCAUCGCUGCCGGCGAGGCUCCGGCCGAUGGUCGGACCGGUCCUCGCGCCGGGCUCGCUGUGGCCAAUGCCGGGGCCACUUUGUCCACCCCUGACGGGCCUUCCCCCGGCAUGGGGGGGGCCGCCCGGCGGGCCGGGAGCCGGGAUGAGCCGCCGCGAGCGGUGGCCCCCGGGCGCGGGGAGCGUCUGUGCCGGGCCAUCGCCGAGGGCCGGGAGCCCCUGCCGCAGGGGUUCGACAGCGUGGCGGACUUCCGGCUGUUCCUGCGCCUGGCGGGGCUGUCACAGCCGGCGGUCGAGGUGGCCACCAUGGGCCGACUGCUGGGCAUGGAUCGCGCGUCGGUGCGCGUGCUAUUGGCGCGGUAUGGGCCGAGGUUUGCCAUCGGCCGGCCGGGGCGGCCGUCGGACCAGGCGCGGCCCGAGGUCCGGCCCGGGGACCCGGCAUUCGAGGACCUGGCGACGCUGGCGCAGCGGGAUCCGCCCAUUCCGAACCCGCUGCUGGGGCGGCUGGUGGGCUUGGACCGGGGGCAGGUGGCGGCCCUGCUGGAGCUGCACCUGCCGCAGGCCAUGGGCCGGGCCUCGGAGCCCGGGGGCCGGCUGAGCAUGGCCCGCCUACGGGCGCUGUGCACCGUGGCCCCGGCCCUGGCCCUGGACCACAUGGCGUUGCUGCUGUCGGCGCCUCGUCGCGAGGUGUCCCAGGCCCUGGCGGCCCACCUGCCGGAGUAUGUGGAUCUGGUGGUGCCGCGCGUGCGUGUGGAUCGGCUGCCCGGGCUGCGGGAGGUCCUGGUGACGGGGUCGGUGUCGCAGGCCGGGCCGAGCCCCCUGGUGCGGCUGGAGCAGACCACCUUCGACGCGCAUGGGCCGGCGCUGUACACCGAGCAGGUGACCCGCCUGUCGGGGAGGGACCUCGACUCGGAGGGUGUGGCCCGGCUGCAGGAGCUGCUGGCCGCCGAGCCGGGGCGGCUGACGGUGGCCCGGGCGGCGCAGGUGCUGCGGGUGCCGGCGCGCGUGGUGCGCCGGCAUUUGGCGCGGCUCCUGCCCGAGGCGGUGAUCCCGCACAAUGCGGAGCAGCCGAUCCGGCAGCUGACCCGGCCGGCGGAUUACGGGCGGCUGACCCUGGCCGAGUAUGCGCGCCGGUAUCUGCCAGCCGGGUCGCCGAUUCAUGGCGAGGCGAUCCCGGCGGGGCAGGGGGCCCUGUCGGCGCCGGCGGCCGACCAGCCCGACCACGGCCCGGAAGCGGGCCCGGGUGCCGAGGGCAAGCGGCGGCGGACGCGCGGGGGCCGGCGACCACAGCGGCCGGGGCCGCCGCCGGAGCCCGGGGACGUGUACCGGCCGGGGCUGCCGGAGGAGCUGCUGGCCCUGGCCCUGCGGCCGCCGCUGCUGCUGGCCGAGCUGGUGGACCACUUGGACGAGUCGGAGACCACCCUGCGGCAGCACCUGGGCCGGGGCGGCCUGGAGGGGCUGUGGCAGUAUGGGUUCCGGUUUUUGGAGCUGCCCCCGGCGAGCAUCCGACGGCUGCGGCGUCUGGCGGCGGAGGUCCACCCGACCAAGCCCCGGCGCAUGCGGUACACGGUCCGGGAGCUGGCCCGGGAGAUGGGCCUGCCGCCGGACCGGGUGUAUUCCAUGCUGCACCGGUAUUGCCCGGAGUACUUUUUCCUGGCGCAGCCCCCCUGGGCCGGGGCCGGGCCGGGGGGCAUGUUCGUGCCGGAGCGCAAGGUGCCGGCCCUGCUGGCGGCGGUGACCGGGCACGGCCGGCCGGUGCUGCUGCACCAGGUGGCCGCGGACCUGGGGUGCACCCUGCCGCAGGUGGUGAAUUCGCUGCGUGCCCGGCAGGGCGAUGCCUUCCGGGCGCCGAUGUAUGCGCACCAUCCGUGCGCGCAUGCGUUUGAAGUUUCGCGUGUGCUGGCUGCCAACCCGGGGAUUGGCAUGAAACAGGCCAGCGAGCUGGCGCAUACCACGCUGCAUCGGCUGCGCCAGUGUCAGCCGUACUUGUGAAGAUAUAGACCUGCCUGUGUGUGA